CGUAUGCAGACAGAUAAUAUUUUGACUCUUGACUUUGAAGUACUAGAUGAUCAAAGCCCUUCAGAAAAUUAUAUAAGGCUCUCACCACAUCUGUUCCACUUCGUUUGAGAGAGAGAGAGAGAGAGAGUUGAGAAUGGGGACAAAAGAAGCUGAAGCAGAGCUACAACUACAAGGGCAAGCUGAUAUAUGGAAAUACAUGUUUAGCUUUGCAGACACCAUGGCUGUGAAAUGCGCUGUUGAGCUUUGCAUACCUGACAUUAUAAACAUGCAUGGUGAACCAAUAACCUUAUCCCAGAUAGUUGCUGGUAUUCCUGAUGCACAUUCCCCAGAUAUCAGCUACCUCGCACGCAUCAUGAGAUUGCUAGUCCGCAGAAAGAUCUUCGCCGCACAUCAGACAUCAGAAGGUGGAGAAACAAAGUACGGCCUGACCCACUCAUCAAGAUGGCUAUUGCAUGAUUCCAAGAUGACCCUAGCUCCUAUGCUAAUCAUGGAGGACCAUCCUUGGCUAAUGACACCAUGGCACUAUUUUGGCCAAUGUGUCAAAGAAGGUGGCCUAGCCUUUGAGAAGGCUCAUGGGCGUAUGAUUUGGGACUAUGCCUCUGUAAAUCCUGAAUUCAACAAGUUGUUCAAUGAUGGCAUGGCUUGUACGGCCAAUAUUGUGAUGAAUACUUUUGUCUCUGAGUAUAAAGAUGGUCUUGGUUCUGUGGCAUCAUUAAUGGAUGUGGGAGGUGGAACUGGUACUGCCAUAGCUGAGGUUGUGAAAUCCAAUCCACACAUCAAAGGCAUCAACUUUGAUCUACCACAUGUUGUUUCUACGGCACCCAUUUAUGAUGGAGUCACACAUGUUGGAGGUGACAUGUUUCAAGCCAUUCCAAAUGCUGAUGCAGUUUUCAUGAAGUGGAUCAUGCAUGAUUGGGACGACGAAAGUUGUGUCAAGAUUUUGAAAAAUUGCCGAAAAGCAAUUCCGAAAGAGACUGGAAAAGUUAUUAUUGUAGAUGUUGUGCUACAGCCAGAGGGUAAUGCUAUAUUUGAUGACACAGGUAUAGCAUUUGAUUUGCUUAUGAUUGCACACGUCUCAGGUGGCAAGGAAAGGACUGAACCUGAGUGGAAGAAAGUAUUGGAAGAAGGAGGCUUUCCUCGCUACAAUAUCAUCAAAAUUCCAGCUUUACCAUCUAUUAUUGAGGCGUUCCCUAAGUGAUAUGACUAUGAUGUAUUCUUUUAAUAAGUUGUUAAGAACUUGAAUGGCAUAGUUAUUGAGGCAUACCCUUAGUGAUGAUGUAGUCAUUAUUGUUUUUGUAAUAUCACUAGUUGCUAACCUGUACUAUGCACGAGAAAGU